AUGAAUUAAGAGGAUGAUGAAAAAUUUGUAAUAAAAGCCUUAAAUAUUUAGUUUAUUGACACUGUUCAAACGUAAUAAAUUGAAAUUGAGAGUUUAAAAAAAUAAAUACGAUUACAAGAAUUUCAGUCCAAAUAACAACAUUUAGAAGUAAACUCUUAAGACUAUCAAAGUUAAUCAAUUCCUUUGGCUAAUUAAAGAAAAGAAAUGAAGAAUUAGAUUUAGAAUUGAACAAGCAAAUUCAAUCAAGUCAUGAAACUAAAUUAUAGUAAUUUGCCUUAUAGAUGUAAGAGUAAUUAGCAAGGGCUGAAGAAUAAAUACUCAUUUAUUAAGAAAAUGAGGUAAUUAUUAUCAUAAACUACUUUUAGAUGAAAUUACUAAAAGAAAUUUAAUAACUUUAAGCAAAAUUGGAAUCUGAUAAGAUUACCGAUUUGAAACAAUAAUUAAUAAAAAUGGAAGAAACUGCAAUUUCUAUAAUUGUUGAGAAAGAAUUUAUAAUAUCUGAAUAAGCCAAAGAAAUUGAGUUAUUGAAAUAAAAUGAAAAAUUAAAUAGUUCAUCAACUGAGAACAAUGCUUAAAAUAAAAUUUUUGAUUUUUAAGAAUUAGAAAACAAAAUUUAUGAAUACUAAUAAAAAUUAGAACAUUAAUAAUGUCUUCAUGAAGAACAAUUAUCAAAUCUUGAGAGAACAAUUACAAAUCGUAUAUUCGAAUCUCUAGAAUUUGAAAUGAAUUAAAAGAAAUUAGUAGAAUAAGAUUUGUUGCAUCAGAUUAGCAUUUUAGAAGAAAAAAACAAGUAUUAUGAAAAACUAUUAAAUGAGCAAGAAAAAAAACUGAAUUCCUUAAAAGAAGAAAAAAACUUAGAACAAUCGUACAAUGAUAAAAAGUAUUAAGAAAUUAGUGAACGAUUAAGAUUUUCAUUAUAGUAACUUAUAAAAAGUGAUAAAAAAUGUGAAGAUGCAUAUAAAUAAUUUUCACAACUACAAAGAGAAAAAUAAAAUAUGACAAAACAGAAAGAAGAACUAAUUCGAAAAUAAGUUUAUUUGGAAAAUCAGAAUAGAAAGCAUACAUAAGCAAUUUAAGAAUACAAAGAAUUAACUGAAACCUUAUAAUAAUAAAUUAAUGAACAAGACUAAUUAAUUUAAGAAUAAAAUGAACAAUUGUAAAAACUGGCUAUACAUUAUGAAUAAUAACUAAAAAUUGCUAUUUAAUCGAAUCCAUAAAAGUUUGAAUCAUGUGAUCAUGAAAUAGUACCAAACUAAAACCUUUUACUAAGUGAUCUACUUAAGGAUAGUCAGAUAAGUUAACAAUCUGAAAAUACUCAUAUUGAUUCACCUACUCAUUCUAUUUCUUAAACACAUACAUCUCAUUUAUCAGAUUCUUAUUGUUCUUUCUAAACUAAAAAUAGUUCUAGAAGAAGAAUAGGAGCUAAUUGUAAGUAUGAAAAUAUUAAAGAUGCUUUGCUUGAUGCCAAACAUACUAUUAAGUAAAUAUUUUUUAUAUUUUCAGAAUUUAAAAUUUAGAAAUUUCAAAUCUAGAAUAAACAAUUGAGAUUUUGUAGAAAGAAUUAAAAUCUCAGCUAUUAGAAAUACAUAAUCUCAGAAAAACUAAAUUAGAUUUUAAAUAAGAUAAAGAUUAUAAAUUAGAAAUAGAAAAAUUGAAAUAGUGUUUAAAUACAAUGGAAACACAUUAUUUAACUACUAAAUUGAGUUUAGCAGAAGAAAUUAAUUUCUUAAGAGAUGAACUUAAACGAGCAGAAUCAGAAGCUCUCAGAUCAAAAUUGUAGUUAACUUAAUUAAAUGCAUAAUUCUGCAUUAUUCAAUAAAAUUAUUAGAAAUUAGAUAAAUAACAUUAAUAAAGUGUGACUAGUAGAUAAACUUCAAAUAUAGAUGAGAAAAGUCCUGUUAAGAGUAGGAAGAGUUUAUUUUCUAUUUUUGGCUGA